AGGUGUUUUUACGGUUUACCUGAUCCGCCCAGCUGGAGUCAGCUGUGCCUUCUACCGACAGUAGUAGUACUAUAACGAACACUUAAUCAGACCGGAGGUCAGCGCCUUCCGCCACACUCUGAAGGGGUGUGGGGGACUAGUUUAAAAACAAAAAAAACCCUGCGCGGCUGUCCGGAGUAGGAGCCCCGGCCAUUCAGAUCCUUUCACCGACCGAGGGAUAUGACCGCUGAGAGAGGCUGUGGACAGAAACGAAGCACCGCUGUGUCUUUAGAAACACUCACUGGAGGCUGACGGGCUGCUGAGCCGUUGCUUGAGCGCCUUUCCUUUUUAAUUUUUUGUGCGGUCGCUGAUUUUUAGACGCAAGCUUGCAGAUAAUAAACCUCAGUGAAGCUGCUGGCUACGGCCAACGUCUGACACCUCUGGGGUACGUUAGACGUUAGUCUCAGUUGUUCACACUUUUAUUGAGUGUUUGCUAAAGAAAGAGGAAACCUUGGGGUGUGUCCGUGCGCAGCCCCCAUCGCCUUUGUGUCUUUGGUCCGUGCCAUCCAUCUCCCCAUGGACAGCCUGCAGAGCGGGGCCAGUAAAGGGGCUGCUACCCUUCAAACACCACAGACCACAUCACGUCAUAGAUGCCACCCUGCCGCCUUUACCGCUCUAUGACUGACUGUUGAGGAAACAAUAAAGCCAAAAAUCCUCUGAGCUUGAGCAAAAGGAGCCAUGAAUCUGCUGCUGUCCCUCACUGUCUUCUGCCUGCUGCCUCUGGCCUUGAUGGCCAAGGAAAACUUACCACUGAACUGCAUCCCCCGCAGAUCUGUGCCUUAUCACAGGGACAAUGCUCGUUUUUUUAGUGAGAAUGAUGUCUAUAACUACUCCACCAUGCUGUUGAUAGAAGAUAAAGGCGUGCUCAUGCUUGGUGCUAGGGAAAAAGUGUACGCACUUGACCUCUAUAACAUCUCCCAGAAACGUGCUUCAGCUGCAUGGGAAGCAACUCCAGCAAAUAAGACAGAAUGUAAAAACAAAGGAAAAAAUGCAGAGACUGAGUGCUUGAACUAUAUCAGGAUCCUGCAUGAGGUGGGAGAUGACAGAAUGUAUGUGUGUGGAACCAAUGCUUUUGAUCCCGAGUGCAAAUACAUGUCCUUUUCAGGUGAUGCAUUGACUUUUGAGAAGAAGGCGGAGGAUGGCAAAGGGAAGUGUCCAUUUGAUCCUUUCCAGAGAUACGCUUCAAUCAUGGCAGGUGAUGAUCUUUACUCAGCCACGUCAAUGAACUUCCUCGGCUCUGAACCCGUCCUAAUACGCUCGUCUGGUAACAUACGGACUGAGUUUAAAAGCUCCUGGCUUAAUGAGCCCACCUUUGUUUCCAUGGCUCAGAUGCAAGAGAGCAAGGAAAGUGAAAGCGGAGAUGGCGACAAAGUUUACCUGUUCUUUAGUGAGACCGCUGUGGAGUGUGACUGCUACAACAAACUGGUGGUGUCCCGCGUGGCCCGCGUCUGUAAGGGGGAUCUUGGCGGUCUAAGGACUUUGCAGAAAAAGUGGACAACCUUCUUGAAAGCUAGAAUAGACUGUCCGGUGCUGGAGUCCCAGCUGCCGUACAUUAUCCGGGACGCAUACCGCUGGUGUGACCCCGAGAAGGAUUGGAAGAGCUGUAUUUUUUACACCGUCUUCACAGCACAGUCGGACACAUCAGACUUGUCUGCAGUGUGUGCGUACCGCGUGUCAGACAUAAGCCGAGUGUUUGCAGAGGGGAAGUACAAGACCCCAGUCCCCGUAGAAACCUCCUUUGUUAAGUGGGUGAUGUAUAGCGGAGAAGUGCCCGUCCCUCGGCCUGGAGCUUGUAUAAAUAAUGCAGCUCGUAAAGCGGGCAUACAUGAAACUUUGGAUCUACCAGACCGAACCCUUCAGUUUGUCAAGGACAAGCCCCUCAUGGACCAGGUUAUCCAGCCAAUAGGAGAUAAACCUCUACUGGUGCGCAGAGGAGCUACAUUCACACAAAUCAUAGUAAACCAAAUGAAAGCUGCAGAUGGCAACAAGUACCCCGUGAUGUUUAUAGGCACAGACAAAGGCACAGUGCUGAAAGCUGUGAACUACGACGGAGAGAUGUUCAUCAUAGAGGAAGUACAAAUCUUCCACCCCCGUCAGCCAAUCAAGAUUCUUAAAUUCUCAAAUAUCACGAUCCAAGAUGUACAUGGUCAGCUCUAUGCAGGCUCAGACACUGGAGUAGCCCAGAUACCACUGGCCACCUGUGAGAGGUCCUCAUCCUGUAUGGACUGUGUUCUAGCCAGAGACCCGUACUGUGGCUGGAACAGUGCUCUGGGGAAAUGCGUUUUCAUUUCUAAAUCACACCGUGAAAUAAUUCAAAGUGUGAAAGUUGGAGAUGCUUCCCUCUGCCCUGAUGCUGACCCUAUCAAGCCUGUGAAUUUGUCCGUCCGGGAAGGUGAGGACCUGAAGCUCAGCUGUCUACCCCUUUCCAGCUUGGGAAAAAUCAUGUGGCAGAAGAACAAUAUUGAUCUGACGCCUUCAGCUGCACUUCAGCUACAAGAUGGACUUCUGAUCCAGAAUGUUUCAUUAAGCGAUGCCGGUCAUUACCGCUGCUUGUCUGUGGAGCACUCCAGAGCUAAAAAGCACAGCAUAACUGUAAUUGAGCAUCUGGUCACAAUUGACCUAUCAGACUCAGGUGAUAGGACACUGGAUACCCAAGCUCAGACUGAUUGUGCAUCAGUUACAGGACUGCAGGUUGCAUGUGCUCUUUUGGGGCUUGCUUUUUUUGCCCUUUUGGCCUGGAACAUUUACAAAGGCCAUCUGUGUCUGCCUUGGAGUUGCUUUAAGAGUAAAAGUGAAGAGCAAUCUCAGGAGAGCCAGAACCAGGAGGCUUUACACUCUGGUGUGAGCUACCAAGCUGCACCCAGAGAGGAAAAGUCUGUGGUGAUCAGCAGCAACAGUAACAACAACCAACAUUGAGAGUCACAAAGCUGAA